AUGAGCGCCACCACAACCGCCGUCCCCGGCUCGACGGUCGUCGUCACCGGCAUCAGCAAGUCGACUGCCAAGAAGCAGGUCGACGACUUCUUCAGCUUCUGCGGCUCCAUCUCGAGCCUCGAGCUCAAGGAUGAUGGCGUAUCUCAGACCGCCACCGUCGAGUUCGCAAAGCCCAGCGCCGCCAGCACCGCCGUCAUGCUCCACGGCAGCUCCCUCGAUGGCGCCACCAUCGACGUGAGGCUCGCCGGCAACGCCUCAUCGGCGACGGCCGCCGCCACCGCAGCUGCUCACGACGACACGCCCGCUGUCAACCAGGAGGACAAGCCCAAGACGGCCAUCGUCGCAGAGUACCUCGCCCACGGCUACAAGAUCUCGGACGACAUCACCAAGCGCGCCAUCGAGCUCGACAACAAGCACGGCCUCUCGACCAAGUUCAAGGGCUACCUCACCCAGCUCGACCGCUCCCUCGGCGAGCGCCUCGAAAAGUCCCAGGCGGGCCACGCAGCCGCCACCACCUCGAGGACCGAGCACAGCCCCAGCGGGCCCGCGGCCUUGUCUUCGGCCACCGAAAAGGAGGCCGCUGCCAUGCCCGUGCCCGGCACCGACGCCAGCGUCGAGGGCCCCAAGACCACCACCACCAUCCCGACCGAUGCCGCCGGCGGCGCCUCGCAGCAGCCCUCGCUCGCCCGCCAGGUGCAGCAGAACGUCAACGCCGUACUCGAGAAGCCCGAGGUCAAGAGCAAGACCGACCUCGCCUGGUCCAAGCUGAGCGAGUACUACAACGCGAUCGUCAACCACCCGCGCAUCCACGCCUUCUACACGCAGACGUCCAAGACGGUCAACGACGUCCACGAGGAGGCCAAGCGCAUCGCCGAGCAGAAAAAGGCCGGCGGCUCUGGCGGAGCGGCCGGGACCUCGGCGCCCGCCCACACCUCCGCCGCCGGCACGCAGCAGAUGUCGGUCUCGUGGGUGCUGCUGGCGCUGCUCUUCUUUUCGUCGCUCUCGCUGCAGACCGCCAGCGCGCACGAGCAGGGCGAGCACCCCGCCCACGCCGAGAUCGCCGGCUACAAGAACAAGGACGGCGAGGAGAGCUACAUCCAGCAGCACAUGGCGAGCGAGCACCACAUCGGCGCGUUCAACAUGGGCAGCUUCUACGCGCUCCACGACCUCAACCGCGACGGCAUCCUCGACCGCUCCGAGAUCGAGGCCAUCUACGGCGUGCACCACCCGGAGUCCAAGAAGCACUCGCCCAGCCAGGAGACCCACGCCGACAAGGCCGACGCCAUCGUCAAGGCCGUGCUCGAGCGGAUCGACAAGAACGGCGACGGCGUCAUCACCAAGCAGGAGUUCAUCGCCGCCGGUCCCAACGGCCUGCCGGCCUUUGAGCAGUACGGCAAGAACGCCCUCGGCCACCACUAUGACGAGGAGUCCGAAUUUUUCGUCCACCACGAGGAAAUCUACCACAAUACGCCCGAGACGCAGGCCGACGAGGCCUACACGCACAAGGAGGACCUCGACCACUUUGCCAAGCACGAAAAGAUCGAGGAGGAGGAGGAGCGCCGCGAGAGGCACGCCGAGGGCCUGCCGACCAUCGAGGAGGACAAGCGCCUGCGCAAGGAGGCCGAGGCCAAGGGCCUCAAGUACGAGUCGCCCUACGACAAGCAGCUGAGCGACGUGGAGCAGAAGAAGGCGCAGGCCGCCCACGACGAGGCGCAGCUGGGCAACGCGGUCAAGGAGGCCGAGGCCGACGAGCACACCUUCAAGACGCCCGGCGGCGUCCACGUGGUGCACGAGAAGCCGAUCCAGUUCCAGCAGCAGGAGGUCGACAACAAGGGCCGACCCGCGCACCCCAACUCUGGACACGCCGACGGAGCGCUGCCGCAGGGCGUCGCCGACCGCCUGCCCGGCGAGACCGACGAGGGCAGGAGGCAGAGGCUGCAGGCCCUCAAGGAGGAUGCUGCCAAGAGACCCGCCUACGGCCAGGGCCAGAAGGGAUUCGCCUACCCCAAGGAUGACACCGACCGCAUGCGCAAGGGAACGCCGUACAAGUACCGGGUCAAGAAGCAGAGCUACUUUGGCGAGUUCUGA